GACCGCUACGCUAAACAGGCAGCGCAGCAGAGAAGGAGCAGCUGGUAUUCCGGUGAUUAAAUAGUUCUCAUAGCCUUUUUGCUGUACCGGGUUCGUUCCCCGGGGUAAUUCUCGUGUCCAAGAAGGAAGCUGAAUUUUAACGGUAUGCUGAACAGAGGUUUGAAUCAUUCCAGCUGGCUGCUUGUUUUGAAAAGGACAAUGUGUGUAUAAAUAAAAAGAAGUCUGCUGGAAGAGUUCAGAGACUAGGACUGGAGCUCAAGAGUGCUCUCGGAAUAUUGUUCAGGCAGAUUGUGUGAACUGAAAGCUCCUACUAAUUAACCUGGGGCCAAGUGAAUCUGAAUACUGGAUAUUUCAUUUUCUAACUCGGGAUAAAUUCAAGUUAGAAAAAGAAAAAAAAAAACUGAAAUGCUUCUCUAGAUAGUACUGAAAGGAUUCUACAGCCAAUCUUUGAUAUUGGACAUAUCCAGAAUCUCUUCUUUGGCUCUCUGGCAUCAUUGCUUUCCAGUAUUAACUUGGUUGUGAUCACUCCCAACAUUUUGCAUGGUUUGCCAUGGUUACAUGAAGUUUUCGAAAGUGGUAUUUGCACCAUCUCGUACAUUAUUCAUGAUGGCACUUUAGGAAAAGAAACUGGAAAUAGCUUCCCAAGCAGUAUUUUAAAAGAUGAAUCUUAUCGUGAAGCUGCGGAGAAGUUUUCGAACACUGAUUGUUCUCUUAGCUACUUUUUGCUUGGUGAGCAUUGUCAUUUCUGCUUAUUUCCUCUACUCCGGCUAUAAACAGGAAAUGGCGCUUAUUGAAACUACCGCAGAAGCAGAAUGCCCUGACGUCAAAAUUCUACCCUAUCGGUCUAUGGAUCUGAAAACAGUUAAACCCAUUGAUACAUCCAAAACUGAUCCUACUGUGCUCCUCUUUGUAGAGAGUCAGUACUCACAGCUGGGUCAAGACAUCAUUGCUAUCUUGGAGUCCAGCCGAUUUCAAUACCACAUGGUCAUUGCCCCGGGAAAGGGAGAUAUACCUCCUCUUACAGAUAAUAGCAAAGGCAAAUAUAUUUUAGUUAUUUAUGAAAACAUUCUGAAAUAUGUCAGCAUGGACUCAUGGAAUCGAGAGCUUUUAGAAAAAUACUGUGUGGAAUACAGUGUUAGUAUAAUUGGUUUUCAUAAAGCCAAUGAGAACAGCUUGCCCAGUACACAACUCAAAGGCUUUCCAUUGAACCUUUUCAAUAACCUAGCGCUGAAGGACUGUUUUGUCAACCCUCAGUCUCCUUUGCUGCACAUUACCAAAGCCCCUAAAGUUGAGAAAGGCCCUCUUCCUGGGGAAGACUGGACUAUUUUCCAGUAUAAUCAUUCCACCUACCAGCCUGUGCUUUUAGCUGAAUUACAGACAGAAAAGUCCCUUCCCUCUUCAUCCAGCAAACCAUACUAUGCCACGGUGAUUCAGGAUCUGGGGCUGCAUGAUGGAAUUCAGCGAGUUCUUUUUGGCAACAACUUAAACUUCUGGCUGCACAAGCUCAUCUUCAUAGACGCCAUUGCCUUCUUGUCAGGGAAGAGGCUCACUUUGUCCUUGGAUCGGUACAUCCUUGUGGACAUUGAUGACAUCUUUGUUGGAAAGGAAGGAACAAGGAUGAAUGUCAAGGAUGUGAAGGCAUUACUAGAGACUCAAAAUUUACUGCGCACUCAGGUUGCAAAUUUUACCUUCAACCUUGGAUUUUCAGGGAAGUUUUACCACACAGGGACUGAAGAGGAGGAUGAAGGGGAUGACCUGCUGCUUCGGUCAGUGGAUGAGUUCUGGUGGUUCCCCCACAUGUGGAGCCACAUGCAGCCGCACCUCUUCCACAAUGAGUCCUCCCUGGUGGAGCAGAUGAUUCUCAACAAGGAAUUUGCUCUGGAUCAUGGAAUACCGAUCAACAUGGGCUAUGCGGUGGCACCCCAUCAUUCAGGUGUCUACCCGGUUCAUAUUCAGUUGUAUGCAGCGUGGAGGAAAGUCUGGGGUAUUCAGGUCACCAGCACUGAAGAGUACCCACAUUUGAAACCUGCACGAUACCGAAAGGGCUUCAUUCACAAUAACAUCAUGGUUCUCCCUCGACAGACUUGUGGAUUGUUCACCCACACUAUUUUCUAUAAAGAGUAUCCUGGUGGACCCCAAGAAUUGGAUAAAAGUAUCAGAGGAGGUGAACUUUUCCUCACAAUCCUUCUAAAUCCAAUCAGUAUUUUCAUGACCCACCUGUCCAACUAUGGGAACGACCGUCUGGGGUUAUACACCUUUGUGAACUUGGCCAACUUCGUGCAGAGCUGGACCAACCUGAAAUUGCAGACUUUGCCUCCAGUGCAACUAGCUCACAAGUACUUUGAGCUCUUCCCUGAACAAAAAGACCCUCUCUGGCAGAAUCCAUGUGAUGAUAAACGACACAAAGAUAUUUGGUCCAGAGAGAAAACAUGUGACCACUUACCAAAAUUCCUAGUAAUUGGGCCACAAAAAACAGGGACAACGGCACUUUAUUUAUUUCUUCUUAUGCACCCUUCCAUCAUCAGCAAUCUCCCUAACCCAAAGACAUUUGAAGAAGUUCAGUUCUUUAAUGGCAACAACUAUCACAAAGGAAUUGACUGGUAUAUGGGCUUUUUCCCUACUCCAUCCAACAUUACUAGCGACUUUUUAUUUGAAAAGAGUGCCAAUUACUUCCACUCAGAAGACGCUGCCAAACGAGCUGCAUCCUUGGUCCCCAAGGCCAAGAUCAUCACCAUCCUCAUCGACCCCUCAGACAGAGCAUAUUCUUGGUACCAGCAUCAGCGAUCACAUGAAGAUCCAGCUGCCCUGAGAUUUAAUUUCUAUGAAGUCAUUACAACAGGACAUUGGGCCCCACAGGACCUAAAAACUCUGCAGCGGAGAUGCCUGGUGCCUGGGUGGUAUGCUGUCCACAUAGAACGAUGGCUCGCUCACUAUGCCACUUCUCAGUUGCUAAUUAUUGAUGGACAGCAACUGAGAUCUGACCCAGCUACUGUGAUGGAUGAAGUCCAGAAGUUUCUGGGAGUUACACCUCAUUAUAAUUAUUCUGAAGCACUAACCUUUGAUCCCCAAAAGGGCUUUUGGUGUCAACUUUUGGAAGGAGGAAAGACCAAAUGUCUUGGAAAAAGCAAGGGCCGAAAAUAUCCACCCAUGGAUCCAGAGUCUAGAACCUUCCUCUCUAAUUACUACCGAGACCAUAACGUGGAACUGUCCAAGCUGCUGCACCGGCUGGGGCAGCCUCUGCCUUCGUGGCUGAGACAGGAGCUGCAGAAAGUGAGGUUUCAGAAACUAUGUAUGACUGAGACUCCUGAUUAUAUGCAAGUGACAAAUUGGAUUCUUGAGGAAAAGAUAAGGACUGAGGUAUCUAUACAUGAGGUUAGUAGUAACCCAAUUUCUGAAUUAAGGGCUUACAUUUCCCUUUACUAAUUUAAAAGUAAUUUUGCUUUUCUUCUAAAAAGAAAUUAUAUAACCCCGUAGUCUUAUUUGAAACAGUUGUUAUUUAUUCUACUCUGUCCACAUACAUAUUUCUGCUGUGUGUUACUCCUUGUGUGAAUUUCUUCAACUUGCUGAAGAAGUGCAGUUUCGGGUCCUCUAUCUGUUCUCCUCUUGUAGUGGGGAGGGCUAGCCGAAAGCUUCCAGAUCCACUAGUGUUACCAUUUUUCUUGGCUGGACAUGCUAUUUUCAGUAAAGGUUGCAUUACGGUUACAACUAAAUUGGUGAGAGUUUUGGAGAGAAAGAACUUUAGUGCAGAUUCUGUACAGUAUCUACCAGGAUGUGUGAGGUCAUCUACACAUGAACCCAAAAUCCCUCCCCAUCCCCCAACUAUUUCAAUCUGGCUAUCUCCACCUUGAUAAUGAUGCUGUAUUUAUAUCUAUUUUUCCACUAUCCUUGGAGGAGAAAAGUGCAUUGAUAGGCUAUGAAUGGGAAGCACUAAAGUAUGUUUCCUGGUGUAUGGAGGCAUAUGUGCUCUCUGGGGACGUGUCAGUCUUUUCAAAGCAUGGACCUUUCAUCUGUGACAGUGCAUAUGCUAAUGUAAGGGCUGUAAACAUAAAAAAUACUGUGUAUGAGAAACAGGAACGUGACUUUAAAUGUAAAGUUGCCUCUUCCAACAUCACAAAUUCUCUCACCUAAACUCCUUUCCUGCUAUGCCACCCAAAAGUUACUUUCCAGAGAAGGGAUGCUCUUUCUGGCUCAGAGGAAUAUCGUCAUGCUACCUGGAUUCUUACCCCAUUUGUCGGUGAACAUAUGUUAAGGCUCUGUUCAUCUUUUCAGUGAGACGUGAGGGUAAAAUUUAAACAGACCGGUAAAUCAAACGAGUUUAAUAGCGUUUUCCAUCAAUCCACUCUUCCUCCAGAGUAAUUAUUGUAUUGGUUGUAAGUAAUAAUACAUUUUCCUAUAAUUUGAGAAAAUAUGCUUCACCAGAUUCAGCAGGAAACUGACCUUUGUUAUUUGUUGCUGUUUGUUCUGGUUUUCAUCAAGCAACUCAAAUCUAAAGAAGAAUCAAAAUAUUUACAUGUUUUAUUUCAGGUUGAUUUUGCAUUUCUACUUCUUGAAGACUUUGCUUGCUUUCCUCCUGCGUCUAGAGGCCUUACUAUCUUUCAGUAAAUUUAAGAUUUUCCUUGGUCGUGAGUUAAUACAAGCCACAGUUUCUUUUGUUGUUCCUCUCUUAAUCGUGGGACCCAGACCCUCAAUUUUUUUUCAGACCCUCAAUUUUAUUAUUGUUGGGGGUGACUGUCUGCCUCAGAGGGCACGCAAACUUCACCCAGACUGUGUAAUUAGAGCUCUAGUGUUAUCUUUGAUUGGUUUCCUCUUCUUUAUUAUUUUUCUGACUUUAAAUAGAGAUCAAUUUUUUUUUCCAAGUGGAAAAAAAGAAGUAUUUAUAGAAGAGAAGAGAAGAAGUAUCAAAUAAUACUCAUUUCAUGCAAUUUUCCACAUCACCCCUAGAUUUUUUUAAAAUGUAACUCAUUGUCUUAGUUUUUUCCUAAAUAAAUUCAGAAUGAAUUACUUAUUGACAGAGAUAGAAGAUCAAGAUGCUCUAAAUUUAACUGGUUCAUUUUAAAGUUUAUAUAUAUUCCAUAUUAACUUUAUAAUGAAGACAGCAAAAUAAAGUUUAGUUAGGUAAUCAAUCUACAUCUUAUAAUAAACUACUUAUAGGCUAUGAGAAGGUUAUAAUAAGUCAGGAAAAUUUCAGUUUUAAGAGUAUCUUGAUUUUCUCAGUUUUUAUUACUGACUGCUUCAGAAUUAUUGAUACAAAAUUUUAAAACAUAUUAAUUUUAAUGACAUACUAUUUGAAGCUAUCACUGUAGUUUCUGAGCAAGUCUCCUGCUUUUUUCUCUCCUCCCUUUCUUUAUUCAAAUUUCCUCAUUCAGAAUAAUUAAUUGUGUCACAUUAAUUAAAGGUAGGAAGAAUAUUUGAUUAUAAGCCUACAUCAAAAUGUAGUAUAUGUUUUAAUUUUAAUUCCUAAAAAUUAUUUUACAAAUCUUAUUCAAAGCUGAUUUAACAGCAUUCUAAAGAGCAUUAAAUAAAAUAUAAGGAGUGAUACCAAUGAGAAAAACUUCUACUCUAGAGCUCUGUUUUUUUAAAAAAAAUAAAAUUACCUUUUGUCCUAGAAGAAAUUUUAUUGCCUUGAUUUCAGGCAACAUACUUAUAUUUACCUUAAGUAGUUUUCAUUAUUUUAUCUCUAUGUUUUAACAUAAUAUGAAGUCACCUGUUUACUAUGAGAAUUCAUAUUUUAGUUACAUAAUUUAUAGUGAAAUAAUAUCGUUAAAAUGCGUUUUGGUGGCUAGGUGAAAUAUUAGUCAUUUGCCACUGAGGUACCUAAAAACAAUGCUAACCCAGGAUUUCAAAAAGAAAGAAAUUAAUUAUUCUUGCCUGUAGGCAAAUUAGCUGUGUGUGUGUGUGUGUGUGUGUGUGUGUGUACCAUGGCAUAUAUACACACAAAGGAAUAUUUUCUGAGUGAGCAGGAAAACUUGAAGGACAACUGAUUUGCUUACUAAACAGCUGAACUAGUAACUACACAUCAUUAAUACUGCUACUGAUAUGACCAUUAGAAUAAAUUCCCCUCUAAAACACCAAGGUGUUUUAUGGGACAAGGCAGCCAAGUGGUGAAGGUGAUGGACCUCUAACUCCCCAAGGUCUUAAUAAGUAAGUGAAACUUUUCCUUUUCUUUAUUUUCACUAAAUAUAUAAACAUCUCCCUGAAUUCCAAGUAAAUGUCAAGUUUUGAGAGUGAACUUUGGGUAUUUGGGUUCAAAUUCCACGCCUGCCUCUCACUAUCUGUGUGGCCUUGCACAACUUGUAGACCUUCCCUGAGUUGGUUUCCUUUGUCUGUAAAAUAGAGACAAUAAAGUAUUAUGCAUUGGGUUAUUGUAGUCCUGAAAUAAGAAUAUAGUUAAAUAACUUAGCACAAUGCCUGAUGUAGUUAUGCUAGAGCAAAUUUGUUACAAAUAGAAUAUAUAAUAUUCAAACCACUAUCUCCUUUCAUCAAGCAAGUAUAUGUUUUUCUACUCCCUUUAAUAAUAAAACAUAUAUCUUAACAUGAUUAAUUGUAUUUGGUCAAAAUGAGAAACUCUCUCCCGUCACUGUACAUUGUUCUACUGUAAUCAAGCCAUCCAGAAACAGGAAGCUCCAUCUCAGUCUAAUACUAUUAUGUCUAUUUGUCCUCUCCUCCACUCCGUUUUAUCAUUUCAUGUA